AUGGGCGCAGGUGCGAAAGAAUAUCCCAAGCAAUACUUUGCGGCGUCAGCGUUGGCAUCAGCCCUUGGCUAUCCAUUGUGGAGGGCAGCAGCCAUCGGUCAGUCCGGAUUCCAAAUGAAUUCCAUUCAUGUUGGAGGUGUGGCAGUGCCUCGAUCCGUGACCCCUUAUGUAUACGGUUUCUUGCCUCCCUACAAGGGAAUGGUAGCCACUGUUUUUGGAAUGACAUGGGCCAGAGCAUCAAUCUUUUGGAUGAGUGACUAUGGUCACGAGGUCUUGCUGAACCAGGGAUACUCCAAAUCGGUGGCGACUGUUGCACCCCCAUUGGCGGUCUCAGCCUUGGUACAAGUGUUGAACCAACCGAUCGUCCGAAGCACAGUGACGCUACAAGAUCCCAAGUACAAUUUGCCAAAUGUCUUCUCGUCAAUACGGCAAAUUUAUGCCACCCAUGGAGUGACCGGUUUGUGGCAUGGUACAACCGCUGGUAUUUUGAAGACUGUUCCAAAGUAUGUCACAGCUAUCGCUGUCAAGGACAUCAUGGAAGAGACUCUACCCCAACCGGAUCCAUCCUCUCCCACCUAUGAGUCGGAUCGUUUCUAUAGAACCGUCAUCAAGUCCGCUUCGGCAGGAGUAGCGGGGGCAGCGCUGACAAACCCCCUAGACGUCAUCAGAAACGAGCAAUUCAAGACUGGUACUGGAAUUCGUUCAACCGUUCAGCAGUUGUGGAGCGAAAUGGGUCCCAAAUUCAUGGUCCGAGGACUUGGAAAGAACAUGAUUGCAGUGGCAAUGCCGGUUGGAAUGACCAUUUUCUUCACGGAUCUCUUUGUUCAACAAAGCAUCGACGAGGAGCACAAGCGAUCACUGACAGCCUAA